AUGAAUAUUCUACGACGAUUCAAAACAACAACAUCUACAACCAGCUCCUCGCCUCAGAUAUUAUUAACUUCCAUUGAAGCAUUUACAGCAAGAGUUAAAGAUGAACAAGCCCAUAAUUCAGGUCCAUUAUUAAAAUGUAUCGACUUAUUAAUUGAUAAAUAUCAACCGUUGUUAGUAGAAAAAUUCAAAAUCGAUUCUUCAUUAAUUUCAGAUCCUUAUGUUAUUCAACAACGAAUAUGGGAUAAUUUGAAAAUCAAACGUUCACAAUCAUUAGAUCCAAAUAUCAAAAUUCGUCAAGAAUUAAUGGAGAAAAAUACCAAUGAAAUGAUAAUUGAUCAUCAAUCUAUACCGUAUCGAAAUUUCAUUAAACAAUUAUAUCCAUUAAAAUCAUUACAUAGCACCAACAAUAAAAGUGAAUAUUUUGAUUUUGUUAAUAAUUCUAAGAAAUAUCUUUCUAUUAAUCAUGAAGAAUUAUAUAAACGAUAUUUAGAUUUACCUCAUCCAGCUCCAAGGUUUCUUACAUUUGAUGAUUUACAAAAUUUUAUUUAUAAAUUUGUAUUACUGAAACCUCAUUAUAGUAACAGAAACGUCAUUGAAGCAAACAUUUUUAAAAAUGAUUAUCAAUCAGCUAUAAAUUCUUUAAAUCUAGAAAUUGAAAAAAGACAAAUUUAUCAUGAUAUGUGUGGUAAAAUAAUUAAUGAUUUAAAAUUGGCAAAUUUACCCAUAACUCAACCUGAACAAAUUCGAUUAAUUUAUUUAUCAUUUUUCAAGGAUCGUCAAGAUUUAUUGAAAAAUUUUAAUCCUCGACAAUUAAAAUUAUUAAAUUAUCCUCAAUUUAAUUGGGGGAAUUAUCAAAUGUUAAUUAAACUGUUUGGCGAUAAUCGUCGUGAUUUAUUAAGUGUGUUAUUAUUAUUGGCUACCAGACAUGAUCAAUUUGAUAUAAUUCAAGAUAUUUUACCUAAAGUUAAUCUUGGAUGUAUUCUCGACCCUGGCCAAUCCACCACCACCACCGCCAAUACAUCAUUGAAAUUGACUGAUAAUUCAUUAAGACAUUUGGUAUAUUAUUUCACUUGGUAUAUUGAUCGUCCGAAUUUUGAUACCUAUUUGGCCCGCACAAUUGAUUAUAUUACUAAUAAUAUACCAGUCUUAACCACAGAUAUAGUAAAUAGUAUAUCUCAAACAUUAAUUGAAUUAGGAUACAUCAAGCAAGCCGAAAAAUUAUUUGAAUUGGCAUUCUUCCAAGAUCCAAAACCAACACCACCAGAAUAUGAAAAUUCGGAAUCAAUAUCUUAUAAAAGAUUAACCACUGAAGAUUCAAUAAUAAAUCAAGAAUGGCAAUUCAUAUAUACAAAAUUGAAAUCCAUCACUAAUGAUAAUACAAUUAUUCACAAAUUGAUCCCUGUUGAAUUAACUUUUUUGAAUUUAAUUGAAGGAUAUUGCAAAUUUGGAAACUUUGAUCAAAUCAAACAAUUAAUUAAUAUUAUGGAUAAUAUUGCAAAGCAACCGUUAUCUACUAGAAUUUAUAUUCGAAUAUUCAAAGCAUUUAUUAAUAAUAGCAGUAACGGUACUAACCAGCAGUUGGAAAACGAUUGGACAUUAGAUGAUUUAUCAAGUAUAUUGACUAGAUUGAUUAAUGAUAUUGACACCAUUGAUGAAGCCACCACCACCACCACUUCCAAUACUUCUAUGGUGAAACAAUUAUUAAAUGAAGGUAGUUUAAAUUUCAAUAAAUACGAACAGGAGAUUAUAAAUCGUAAAUCAAAUUCCGAUAUUUAUCUUGAAUAUCAAAAUAAUGGUGGUCUUAAACUAUUAAGAAUAAGUAAUUAUUUAUUGGAAGUUAUUUUUAUCAGUUUAGAAACCAAGAUACAUCAAGUUUUCAAAUCAAUUCAAUCUAAUGAUACCGAACAAACACAGAACCAAUACCAAUCAGCAAUACAAAAUUUGAAAAUUUUGAAAACAAAUUGGUUAAGUAUGUUGGAACAAGAUGUUAAAAAAAGGAAUAAUUCAAAUUCUAUCAAGUCGUCAUAUUAUUAUUCUGAUCAAUUAUCAUAUAUCAAUAAGGCAGUUUUAUUUGAAAUAUUUUCUAUCAUUUCACAAUUAUAG